GAGAAAAUAUUCCAAUAUACACCCAUUUUAUUAACAAUACUAUAUAAGGGGACUCCGCUAUUUAAAAACACUUUUGAGCCGCCCACUGCGGAGCUUUCUUGUGCGGGAGUGUGAAGGAAAACGAAAAUCAACACCGCCAGACAGACAGUCCACACAAAUACACAAAUUUCGCCGGCACUAAAACUGAAAGUGGCUGUAUCCCCCUUUUUGAUGAGCAGCCAACAGAGAUUUCCGUCAUCCAGCCAAAUGGCGAGGAGCAGUUCCCCGCUCCAGGUUUCCAACGCUACGAAUAGCUCUGUGAAAUAGCUAGUUGCGUAGCAGUCCGAACGCCCCAUUGUCGUCCGUCCCGCCCUGGCCCCGCCCCUUCGCCUCCGCCUCCGCCUCCGUCCCUCCCCUUCCGGUCCGCUCUGCGUGAAAGCAGAAAUCAGAAAUCGAGGGAAACGGAGUGAUGAAAAAAAUGAAUAAGUCAAAACCGCAAAAUCAGUAAAACGCUCGCGAAGCAAACACAGCAAGUCGCGGAGGAAGCCCGGCGUGGAAUAAAAUAACGAAUGAAAUUAAAAUACCAGAAACCCCAAGAAAUCCGCAGAAGCAGCGGAAAUUGCAGGUGCAACUGCAGCAGGAAUAAAAGCAAUUCAAGAAGGCAUUCCAAGAUCCUGCGAAUAGAAUGAAGGUGAACUACAUCAGUCUCGGCACCGGUGGCAAUGGGAGCGGCGGGAGCAACAGCAUCGGCAGCAAGAUGUCGCUGGGCAAGUCCAUCAAAAUGUACCUGACCAUUUUCAUAGCCACCACCUGCAUCUACAUGGUGCUCUACCAGUACCACAUAUCACGGGAACCCUUCGCCGCCGGCGAGGUUGUCAAGCACCAAGAAAAAUCAUCGUCAUAUAUCGCCUCAUAUUUGUGGUCACCCAUUUCCCUGCUACUGGCCAAUAGCUCCUUCAACAACAAUUCCAAUUCCACACCAACAACCACAACAACAUCAACGACAGCCACUACAACAACCACAACAACAACAAGAACCACAUCUGCCACAGUGGGCAGUGCGGGCGAAAAAGUGGGUUCAUCCUCAUCCCUUCAAACGGUUUCAUUAGCUGCCGCCAGGCCCACACUUCACACAUCCUUGGGAACGGCGCAACUGAGAUCAGGAUCUGUGGGUGGCCAUCGUAAGACUGCAACUACCAAACAAAGCAUUACGCGAACAGCAACUAAACUAACAACAACAAAGGCAACAACUAUGGCCAAAACAACAGCCAAAGAGUCAGCACAGACGGCCACGCCCCCCGCGACCGCCCUCUCGGAACACGCCCACAAGACUCGACCAACAUUCGUUGCCGCCUCCAAGCCCCCGCCCCUGUACAUAAUCACGCCCACCUACCGACGACCCGAGCAACUGGCGGAGCUGACCCGGCUGGGCUACACGCUCAAGCACGUGGUGAAUCUGCUCUGGCUGGUCAUCGAGGACGCCAACCACACGAAUCCAUUGGUGGCCCACACCCUGGACCGGAUCGGAGUGCCCUACGAGUACAUGGUGGCUCCCAUGCCGGAGAAAUACAAGCAGACGAAGCGAGCGAAGCCGCGCGGCGUCUCCAAUAGGAAUCGAGGCCUGGAGUAUCUCCGCCACCACGCCAACGAGGGCGUGCUCUACUUUGCCGACGACGACAACACCUACGACAUUAGCAUAUUCGAGCAGAUGCGCUAUAUCAACAAGGUGGGCAUGUGGCCAGUGGGGUUGGUGACCAAGACCGGAGUUAGCAGCCCAAUAAUCCAGGAGGGAAAACUGGUGGGCUACUAUGACGGAUGGAUUGGGGGGCGCAAGUAUCCUGUGGACAUGGCCGGUUUUGCAGUCAGUGUCAAGUUCCUGAAGGAGCGUCCCAAUGCCCAGAUGCCCUUCAAGCCGGGCUACGAGGAGGAUGGCUUCCUGCGCAGCCUGGCGCCGCUGGACAACACGGACAUUGAGCUGCUGGCCGAUGAAUGCCGAGAUAUUCUCACGUGGCAUACACAGACCAAGAAGAACGCGCCGGCGCAGGCGCUGAACAGGACGAGGUACAAGAACACCAACCUGGAGCACAUAGACAAGCUGCUGGUGCGCCCAUAGGGUUACUGUCAGUAGUUAGCUAAAGCUAGUUAGGCUUAGUCGGGGGAGGGUCUUGACCUCUGGAGAGGAGGAGGCCCAUCCACAUCUUGACCGUGGCUCGGACGGGUUGUACAGGUACAGCCCGGGGCAGACGGAGCAACCAAUCAGAUUUGAUCAGAUCAGCGGUAGUCGGUGUACAUUAUUACGCUAAUCAUACGAGUAGUUAGGCUCUAAGCGCACAAUCUUCUACGAUAAUUGCAAUUACGCGCACUAUAGGCUUGUUUGACCCCAUACACGUAAUCGUGCCACAAUCACACCUAAGCAACGUAUUGUAUCAUAUCGCAACGUCCUCGACUAGUUUGUACAUAAUCGCAAUGCAUUAAGUUUGUUAAUGCCUAAGUUAAAACGGAUUUCUCAGCCGCAAAAGUGAGCUCCGGCAACGAAUUGGAUAAGAUGUUCCUAGAGACCAAAGAAAGCUCCCCUCACGUUCUGCAUUCUACAUUCCCCUGGGAGGACUCCACUUGCCAUCACCGGCCAGGGCCAGGACCUGCAACUCAGGCGAGGUCAAGGCCUGAGUCACAUCAACAAUCAAUUAGGGCAAGGUGUCAACGAAAACGUAUUUCCCCGAAUUGCGAGCCGGCGCCAACGCUUCAAUAAUUCAAGCCGACAUAUGGAUGUGGCACAGAUAUGCAAGUCGACGGGCCCCUUUCCCUGCUGGGAAUCCAAAUCGCGUGAUGGACGGGUAUUGCACGCCAUCGACGACGACGACGACAGGGGACACAGUUUAAACAAUGUAAUGGCUCCGACUAAUGGAACUGGAUGGCUCAAAAGGAUUUGGCUAAAUCAAUGUUACGGCAAGCCGUACGAUUUUCGUUGAACGAGAACUCUCUAUAUGGCUAAGAUCCACAUAUGUACGUGUAAUUUCGGAAACGGGUUUCCAAGGCCACACCUUUUCAAAUUAUGCCUAAGUACGCUAGGAUAGGUUAAUGAGUAAAUUUAUAUUCAAGUUUUGAACUGCACUGAAGUCGCCUACAUGUAAAUAAUAAUCACCUAAAAUAUUGUAACCAAAUUUUUACACGUCCCGCUAAAGCAAGGCAGGAUCGCAGGGAGGGAAUGACAAAUGGUAUUACGAAAUUUAUACAAUUUAUACAAUUGAAUAUGGAAUAUAAAGCAUACGGAAUAAGCCGCAAAGCCAUUAGUUAGGUACUUACAAAAUCUUACAACAAAUAUUUGAAUAACAACAGAAUCUGGGCUGGAUUCCUACGAAAAUCAACUUAAACCUUUUCCAGAAUAACUCGAAACGUUUCAAUGAAUAUUAACAAUACAGAAAUACGUCUACAACUAUUCUCUUAUUUAAGUAAAUUACAACAUACAAUGUUUAAACCUGACGGGACUUGUAGCAAGGAACUUCAAUCAUUUUUCAACAAACUACAAAUACCUUUCAAUAAAUUGAUAAACAUUUCUUAACAAUUUUCAAAAUAA